AUGAUGAUUUCUUGGAAUGUAAGAGGGAUAAAUAACUCAGGAAAGUGUCAGGAGGUUGUCUCCCUCCUCAAACAAAUGGACCCUAAAAUUGCUAUUCCAUUAAAAACUAGAGUUAAACCCCAAAUUGCUUUAAAAGUUAGGAAUAAGUCUGGCCAAAAGUGGAAAAUGAUUGAUAACUAUUCCAAGCACAAUAAUGGGAGAAUAUGGAUAUUAUGCGAUGAGACUAGAAUAAAGGUGACUACCCAUACCAUGUCUACCCAAUUUAUUUAUUGUAUUGUUUACUGA